AUGUUAUUAUGUUUUGAGCGUAGGUAGCUAGCUGCAGGGCGCAAGUACUCCCAGGCUAGCGAGAGCUACAGUCGGGCGAAGCGAACCGUGCGUUAACGAGGUGAGAUUGUACAUCUCGUCUUUGUACUCAAGAAUUUUGUUCUAUGGUUAUCUUUUGUGUGGAAAAAAGAACACGCCCUUUAUUAAUGCUACGUUAUAAUUAAACAAUCAGUAAAUAAAAGUCCUAAUUUGCAUAGCCGGUGCUACAAUUUACAGGCGAAACAAUGAAUGACAGUGGAUGUAUACACUUAAAUAAUUUUAAGGCUGCUAAAGGAACAAAUCCUUAUAAAAUAGUGCACGCAUUUUUUGUGUCAUGCACUUCCUACGAAGCAAGGAGAUACAAGGCUACAUCAUGUUUGUGCUUCGCCUGUGGACAGACAGGACCACGGAUGCAUUCCUGUCUCCAUUGCAUAUAUUUUGCAUGUUAUGGGGGACAUGUCCUUGAUCAUUCCAAGACUAAAAAACAUUUCUUAUAUGUCGACUUGAGUUAUGGAAAUAUAUUCUGUGCGCAAUGUCAAGAUUAUAUUUAUGAUAGAGAGUUCACUGAUAUUUCUAGAACACUUCGAUUGAAGGAAGCAAAAUCUUUAGGAAUCAGUGUGCCAUUUACGCCAUGGCUGCCUAAUAAUAAUGAAGCGAUGGCUCUUCGACGUCUGAGAAAACGUCGUCUUAUCAGUCCUCACACAACUAUUGGACUGAGAGGUCUACAGAACCUUGGUUCUACUUGCUUUAUGAACUGCAUUGUUCAGACUUUAAUUCACACGCCUCUGCUACGAGAUUAUUUUCUAGGCGAAAAACAUAAGUGUAAAACUCAAGGAUCCGGAAAAUGCCUUGUUUGUGAAGUUUCCAAGCUGUUCCAGGAGUUCUACUCCGGCGCGAAGACCCCGCUGACGCUGCACCGCCUGCUGCACCUGAUCUGGACGCACGCGCGCCACCUGGCCGGCUACGAGCAGCAGGACGCGCACGAGUUCUUCAUCGCUACGCUGGAUGUGCUGCACAGACAUUGCAUGAACGGUGUCGAAGAUACAGAAAAGAAGGAAAAUGGUCGUUGCAACUGCAUCAUUGAUCAAAUAUUCACCGGCGGCCUGCAGAGUGACGUCGUAUGCACUUCCUGCUCGGGAGUCUCCACCACCAUCGAUCCCUUCUGGGAUAUCAGUCUGGACGUGGCCGGUCCGGGCUCUCUGCAAGCCUGCCUCGAGCGCUUCACCAGGGCCGAGCACCUCGGAUCGGCAGCUAAAAUAAAAUGCUCCAAUUGCAGAGCCUAUCGCGAAUCAACCAAACAGUUGACCCUCGAAACUCUGCCCAUAGUGGCGAGUUUCCACCUCAAACGCUUCGAGCAUUCCUCUCAAAUCGACCGGAAAAUAUCCGCCUUCGUGUCGUUCCCGGCCGAGCUGGACAUGACGCCGUUUAUGUCGACCCACCGGCGGGCGGUGGACGCGGCGGACAACAACAACGCCCCCGAAGGGAUCUUCGAGGACAACCGCUACUCCCUGUUCGCGGUCGUGAACCACCUGGGCUCUCUGGACGCCGGCCACUACACGGCCUACGUCCGCCAGAUGAAGGGCAGCUGGUUUAAGUGUGACGACCACAUGAUCACCAGGGCGUCUCUGCGCGAGGUUCUCGAUAGCGAAGGGUAUCUGCUCUUCUAUCACAAGACUGUUUUGGAGUACGAGUGUGAAGUCUCAUAAAUCAACAAUGACGGUAUUGAUUGGUUUUCUCAUUUUGACCGCCAUCGGCAUUUGAUGGAAAGUUAAUUCAAUCGAUCGAUGUUGUAAUCAUGCUUCGUAGUAUUCACUUAUAAAUUGUAUACUAAAUGAAAUAUGUUAAAAUGUCAUAUUUCCUGGCGUGAUAUUAGUGCGUAGAUGUUCGUAACGGAGUCUUGUAUAUUUUGCGAGAUUUAUGAAGUUUUAGUUUUAAGCUUAAUUUUAACUGUAGAUAUUUCCUUUGGUGACUAGUAAAUUAUUAUUAUUGUGGACUGAAAAAAUUCUCAUCUAACUUUUAAUUUUAUAACAAGCUUUGCUUUAUUGAGCAUAAAUAAAGUACGUGUGUAUCGGGAAAUUAAUUUCCUGGUUCUAAAUGAACAAUAUUAUUUACACACAUAUCAAUCCCUCAAUAGACAUAUGUAAAAAAAAUACAAAAACAAGAAAAAAAAAGUGUUUAAUAAUUUGUGUACGUUACAGAACAAUUAUAACUACCUCGAUUUUUAUUAGCAUUUGCUUCGUA